CGACUUUUUCAGUGUCCUACAUUUGUGUUCAUCUUCUGUAUUAUACAAUUUCCAUAUUUUUCAAAGAAUUUUGUCGUUUCUCAACCAUUUCGUUCCAGUAAAGUAACGCAUAAAUACUUAUUAAGGAAAUAAAGUUUGGGAUCAAGUAUUUUUCCUUAUAAUGACAGAAUACGCUCGAACAGAGCAACAACAGUACCCGAAUCAACCAUAUAACACUUAUAAUAACCAAGUAAACCAAAACUGGGAAAAUAAUAACAUGCCAGCUCAGGACAUGCAAAGCUAUGAACAAGCCUCUGCUUCAACAUCAGCGGCACAGGCUCGUAACUGGAACGGUACUUACGCUCAGAAUACAUAUCAGACAAACGGCCAAAACGGGAUUUCGCCUGGCUACGGUGCGUCUCUAUCAGAACAACCUUCAACGAACCACGUCAACGUACAUCGAAACAUUCCAAAUGGCAUAUCAGUUAAUACAUCUAACCUUCCGAUAGGUAGCGCAGGUUUAAUCAGUACAGAAGCCGGUAGAAUUAUUUGUGUUGCAGAUGUAAGAGGCAAUAUUUCUCAAUUGAAUGAACUUGCAAAAGAAACUGGUGCCAUUGCUAUUAUUCAUUCUGGUGAUUUCGGAUUUUAUGACGAGAGUAGUCUUGGAAGAAUUAGCGAUAAAACUUUACGGCAUCUUGUAACUUAUAGUACCAUCAUACCUCCACAAUUAAGAAUCAAACUUCUUCAUAGUUCUACAAGUGCACAAGAAUUACGUAACGUAAUUCUUGAGUCCCCUGGGCCUCUUUUAUCUGAAUUUCCACUAUUCAGGGACGGAAAGAAAAAACUUGAUGUUCCAUUAUACACAGUAUGGGGUGCAUGCGAGGAUGUCGUCGUUUUAGAGAAAUUCAGGACAGGAGAAUACAAAGUGCACAAUUUAAAUAUUUUAGAUGAAGCUAAUACUUAUGUAAUUGACAUUGGUGGCGUAAGUUUAAGAUUAUUCGGAUUAGGUGGUGCUGUAGUUCAUCAUAAACUUUUUGAUAAUGGCGAAGGAAGUGCAACGAUUGCCGGAGGACAUGGAACUAUGUGGACGACUAUUUUACAGAUUGGUGAAUUAGUUGACACAGCUCAAAAAGUAUACGAUCAAACCGAAACAAGGGUUCUUGUCACACAUGGUAGUCCCGGUCGUGAAGGGCUCUUAGCACAGUUAUCUGUUGUUUUACGUGCUGAUUUUACUAUCUCUGCUGGGCUUCAUUUCCGUUACGGUAUUUCAUAUAACGAGUUUUCUGUACAAAGUGAUCAAGCAAAUUUCUGUGCUAAAUUAGAAAGCUCCAGAAAAACUUUUCAUGAGAUGUGGCAGUCUGUUAAGAAUCAAGUUGAAGGAUGUAUCAAUGAAUCUCAGAGAAUUCUUUUACAAAAUGCUUUCACUGUUGUAGAGAGAGUUCCAUCGGCUAACAGAGAAGAACCCACAUUUAAAAAUAUGUGGAAUUUUAACUUACCGGACGCUGCAUUUGGUUGGGUAUUGUUGGAUAUCAAAGAAGGCAGAGUCUCGGCUGAAAUAAAAGCACAAGGUUUCAAUUUCGCUUAUCGUCGAGCUCCAGCGAUUAAUCCGAUUACGGGUGCACCACAAGGUACUCUGAUUGGUGCUCCUACCAGUCCUUCUCCCAUGGAUCGUCAGACUAGGAGGAAUCCAUCACAAUGGCAGCAGCCUUCUCCCGCUCUUGUUCCUCAGCAAUCACACAUAGGUGUUGCACCAUCGCCUAUUUUAGCUCCUCAGACAUCGUCUCCAACACAGACGACAUCACCAAAUGAGAUUAAUAAUUGGAAACCAUGGAGUAAUGAGUCAUCAUCUCCUCCAAACGAAGGUUCAACAUCACAAAAAAUUAUCACUAAUAUUGAUAACUCUAAACAUAUUCCAUCAAAAGUUGCCGGAAGUGAUGUUAGUAGUAGCAGCCAGACAGAUACUAUAGCUACAAUUAAUAGCAAUAACGAUACCGCCAAUACCACUGUUUCAGAAAAUAAUAUUAAUCAAGCAAAUGGGAAUGGGGAAAGUGGCAGUAAUUGGGCUGAACAAACGCAACAAGAAAAUUGGAAACAGUCAGAUAUGAAUGAGUCAAACCAAGCUCAAACUAAUAGUAGUUUAAACAGCGAAGAAGGUCCUAGUAGCACCAAUAAUAAUAAUACGACUGUACCACAAAAUCGCAGUCAAUAUGAUAAUAAUAAUAAUAAUAAUAAUCGUCGCGCUAAUUCGAAAAACCAACUUUCUGUUUAUCUUGGUAACAUUACACCGCCUGUAAGCGAGGACGAUAUUAAAGAUUUUUUCGCACAGUCAGGUUAUAGUUUUCAGAUCGUUAAAGUUCGUUUGAUACAUGAUCGCGAAACACGCAGUCAGAGAAAUUUUGCAUAUGUAGAUUUUGGUGAUACUGCAUCACUAGAAAAUGCAAUUCAAUUAAAUGGCCAGACAUUUGGACAACAACCAAUAAAGAUUAAUAAAGUUGACGAUCGAUCAUAUGAUAAUCGAUCACGUGGGCGUGGUCGCGGUCGUGGUCGUGGAGGAUAUGGGAAUAAUUAUAGAGGGUACCGUGGUGGUCAUGGAAAUAAUUCUCAUAAUAAUAACGGUGGCAAUAUGCAAAAUGGUCAAUAAUUGAAAUAUAAAAGAAAAAAAAAAAAA